CUUUUGCAUGCGCUCGACGUGCGGAUGUGAUAUAAGUCGACAUUUGACAUGUACUUGUCUUCCCAGAGUUCCGUACGUGUAGCCAUAUUGCAAUACACACUGACAAAACUUCAUAUUCUGAAAGUGAAAACAAAGAGGGAUUCGCUCAACUUUUGUCUCUAAAUUGUAAUUUCGAAAGUGAUGCAUGCCUCUCUCAAGCAAAGAAAAGAUUGCCUCAUGCAAGACCACCCUGGAGGCGAACACGCGAAAGCGUAGAGCGUCUGAUAAUAAUCACCUUCAUACGAAGAGAGCCAGGGACGAUCUCGGCACCGGCGAACACAGGCAGUCGGAAGCCAAAAAUAUGGGCGAAGCGACGCCCAAAAGAGCAAACUUUUCUGCGUUAAACCCGUCAAAUAACGGGUUCAACAGCAGGUCAUCACCUCUUGUAAAUAACAAACCAGGGACCUCGAAAAAGCUUGUUAUAAAGAAUUUCAAAGUCAAGCCUGUCCUCCCAGCCAACUACCAACAGCAGACAUGGGACAGACUGAAGGAGGCCGUCCAAGCCAUCCACAAGAGCAGGCCCAUCAAGUACAGUCUAGAGGAGCUGUAUCAGGCGGUCGAAAACAUGUGCUCGCACAAGAUGUCUGCCUCCCUGUAUGACCAGCUCAAAGAAGUCUGUGAACAGCAUGUGGCUUCACAGACUGGACAGUUUACUAGUGAAAUGACAGACAGUCUGACGUACUUGAAGCAACUUAACACCUGCUGGCAAGAUCACUGUAGGCAGAUGAUCAUGAUCAGGAGUAUAUUUCUGUUUCUGGAUAGGACCUAUGUACUACAGAAUUCACUAGUAUCUUCUCUAUGGGACAUGGGACUAGAUCUCUUUCGCUCUCACAUCAUUAGCAACAGGACUGUACAGAAUCGGACCGUAGAGGGCCUCUUGAUGCUAAUAGAGAGCGAGAGGACGGGGGAUGUCGUCGACCAUAGUCUUCUCAAAAGUCUUCUUCGAAUGCUCUCAGAUCUACAGAUCUACGAAGAGGCAUUUGAGAAGAGGUUCUUGGAGGCUACACAGAUGCUUUAUGGUGCAGAGGGACAGAGGCUUGUUCAUGAAAGAGAGGUACCCGAGUACCUUACUCACGUCGACAAACGUCUAGAGGAGGAAUCGCAGAGAAUUCUACAUUACUUAGACCACACUACCCGAAAACCUCUAAUCGCCUGCGUAGAGAAACAACUGCUGGAAGACCACAUUGGAACUAUUCUGCAGAAAGGUUUGGACAGGCUACUAGAGGCCAAUCGGGUGGAUGACCUUACGCUACUCUACAGACUGCUGCAGAGAACAAAGAACGGCCUCCAUGAUUUAUGUCAGUACUUCAGUGCUUUUAUCAAGAAAACAGGCACUACUAUAGUUAUAGACUCAGAGAAGGACAAAACUAUGGUCCAGGAACUCCUAGACUUCAAGGAGAAGCUGGACAACAUCCUCCAGACCUGCUUCGCCAAGAAUGAGAAGUUCUCUGUCUCUCUGAAAGAUUCUUUUGAGAAUUUCAUCAACAAAAGGCUCAACAAACCAGCAGAACUUGUUGCAAAGUAUGUUGACAACAAGUUGAGAGCUGGUAACAAGGAAGCUACGGAGGAAGAGCUUGAGAGACUCCUGGACAAGAUCAUGGUUCUAUUCAGGUUCAUCCACGGGAAGGAUGUAUUUGAAGCAUUCUACAAGAAGGACUUGGCUAAGAGACUACUAGUUGGCAAGAGUGCUUCAGUGGAUGCAGAGAAGUCCAUGCUCUCCAAGCUCAAGCAAGAAUGUGGUGGUGCCUUCACAUCCAAGCUAGAAGGAAUGUUCAAAGACAUGGAACUCUCCAAAGACAUCAUGUUCGCAUUCAAACAGCAUAUGCAACAUCAGUGUCAUGCAACUGUAAUGGAUCUCAGUGUGAACAUUCUAACCAUGGGAUACUGGCCAACGUAUAAACCACUAGAGAUACAUCUACCAUCAGAGAUGGUCAAUCUUCAAGAGCAGUUCAAACGGUUUUACCUUGAUAAGCACAGUGGUCGCAAACUACAAUGGCAGCCAAGCCUAGGUCACUGCCUCGUCAAGGGUCAGUUCAGAGAAGAGGGCUCUUCGGUAAAGGAGCUUCAGGUGUCACUCUACCAAACACUAGUCCUGCUCCUCUUCAACGAGGGGGAUAACUACUCACUAGAAGAGAUCGCACAGGCUACCAACAUCGAGGACAGUGAACUAAGGAGAACUCUUCAGUCGCUAGCCUGUGGCAAGGCGAGAGUCAUUGUUAAACUACCAAAGGGUCGAGAGAUUGAGGAUGGUGACAAGUUCCUCUUUGCCAAUGAAUUCAAGCACAAACUCUUCAGGAUCAAGAUCAACCAAGUCCAGAUGAAAGAAACGGUGGAGGAGCAGGUGACCACCCAGGAGAGGGUGUUCCAGGAUCGGCAGUACCAGAUUGAUGCAGCUAUCGUCAGGAUUAUGAAGAUGCGCAAGUCACUAAGUCAUAAUCUACUAGUCUCUGAACUCUAUAACCAGCUGAGGUUUCCAGUUAAGCCGUCUGAUCUAAAGAAGAGAAUAGAGAGUCUCAUCGAUCGGGAUUACAUGGAGCGUGACAAGGACAACCCCAACCAAUAUCACUACGUUGCAUAAACCCUGCAAGACUUGUACAGAGACUAACCAAUGUAUCCCCUCCUAAGGGGAAUGUUAGAUAGUGGAAAGAGAGAAAGAAAAACAAGCGUGCUGGAUGGAGAACAAUUUGUGAAAUGUUGAUUGUAAUUGAAUUCUUGACUUACAAGGUGAAUUUCGUCCUGCCUGGCUCCUCUCAUGGAUACCUGCGCUCAAAGCAAGCAGAAAGGAUUGCGAGAUCUUGUCGGAUAUUCAACAGAAACGCGAGCGAUUAUUUUAUUUCUUCUACUUUCACUGACGAUGAAUAUUUUGAUGUUAUAUUUUCAUCUGAUUGCACAGUCACUCAUCGUUUGAAAGGGACUAUUUACUUGCAGAUAUUUAAUAGAGGGAAGGGAAGGCAUUGUACUAUUGAUAAUUAUAUUUUUUACCAAAAUGACAGAAUGAUUGCGAUAAAUAUACCCCCCACUUCAAUGGUCUUUAUGGCAUAUAUAACGUAAGUCUUGUUCAGAUAUGCAUCGUUACACCGCAGCAUUUUUUCCCUCAUUUUUCUGAUGUCAUAAAGUGUAAUACACUUCACAUUACUGUAUCUUGCAACGCAGAGCUAAGUCAACAUGUGUUUUACUCAGUUGCCAUUUAUUUACUCAUUGCGGAGGUUUACCUGGGACCUGUUUCACAAAACUUGUCAUUAGUGACAAAUGACAGUUUUUGUUAUAAGCAACUGAAAUCCUUGCUACUGAUUGGUUAUCAGCAGAUUUGUCACUGAUAUUUGUCAUUUGACAUUGAAAAAAGGCUUUGUGAAACAGGUCCCUGGUCAUAUCUGAACAGGCCUUAAGAGGUACUUUUUAACAUUUUUUGUUUGUUUUUUGUGUCGAUACAUAGAGCGAGAAUCUAAUGUGGAAUAUUGCAAAGUUGAAGCAACGGGAUCCUUGGUUACUAAGUCACAUUUUAAAAGAAACUCUCCUUCAUUUGUUUUCUCAUUUGGGAAUGCAAAUCAGAAACCUCCCAUGAAUCUUGUCGUUCUCUACAAAGUUAAUUUGAGAAAAUGCCUGUCUUAAUAUCAGCCCACUACACUUUUGUCAGAUUUUGCAUCAUAUCGUUUUAAAUGUUACAAAGGUAAGAUUGUUUGGUAAGAAUUGAUUCUCUUUGUUUUUCAUGAAUGUGGUGAAGCAUAGAUUUAUGCCCCAAAGAGUCUGCAAUGGAGUAAACUUGUGAUGUCCACUUUUAAGAGUGGACUGAGAAAUCGAGAACCUUUAAACCACCUAGAAAAAAUAACCC